AUGGGGGUUUGUCUUUCAUGUUUAAGAGGUGACUACGAUGACGAUGAAAUUAAUGAAACCACAUCAUUACUAGGUCAUGGUAUAUAUAGCGAUGAAAAUUACCAAGAAGAGCUUUUAAAACAGCAACAACGCCAGAACGAAUUGAACGUUAUAGUCAACGAAUUAAACGACAAUUUAAUUGAUGUUUCUACAUUUUUGAAUAAGAACAGCUUUGAUCAGACAGACUAUCCAGUGGUUAUGAGUGAUAAAGAAAAGUUGAAAAUUGUUGACGAGAUAGAUAACCUAGACGUGGCAAUUAAGAAGCUGUGUCAAGUUGAAGUAAAGGACCCAUUGUAUUUGAAAUUUUGA